CAGAGGAGAGCUUUGUGCACAGUGCUCGCUCUGACACAGCCCAGCCUGCUCCCUAUCUCCCAGUUCCACUUCUGAGUGUGCGGGAACAUGCGGUGGCUCCUUUUUCCCACUAUCUUCAUCAUCCCCUGCACCCAGCAGUUUCUCUGCAGGGCGCAAGCCCACCGCUCACAGCCGAGGCCUGGUGAAAAACGUCCAGAGAGCAGCGAGGCUCAGCCACGCACCGAGCUGUGCCACUGGCCCUGCCAGUGCCCACCAGUGCCCACCUGCAGCCCCGGGGUGAGCCUGCUGAAAGACGGCUGUGGCUGCUGCAAGGCCUGCGCCAAGCAGGCUGGAGAAGUCUGCAACGAGGUGGACAUCUGUGAUCCCCACAAGGGUCUCUACUGCGACUACUCGCAGGAUGAGCCUAGGUAUGAAACAGGCGUGUGUGCAUAUCUGGUUGCUGUAGGGUGUGAGCUCAAUGGCAUUUACUAUCUCAAUGGGCAGACUUUCCAGCCUAACCCACUUUACAAGUGCCUGUGUAUCAGUGGUGCAAUUGGAUGUACUCCUGUAUUCACACCAAAAUUAGCAUCAAGUCCCUGCUCCAGUGGCACGGGUAGGAAGAAGACUGGACAGAGGGUGUGUGGCCCAGGACAGAAGCACCUUCAAUCAAUCAACUACAGGCGGAUGUCAGCUUACAGAACCUUACCACUAGUUUUAAAGAAAAAGUGUCUGGUGCAGGCAACUCCUUGGACACCGUGUUCCAGAACCUGUGGCAUUGGUAUAUCCAGCAGAGUGACCAAUGAAAACAGGAAGUGUGAAAUGAAAAAAGAGAAGAGAUUAUGCUUCAUCCAGCCUUGUCUGACCAAUAUCCUGAAGACAAUAAAGAUUCCAAAAGGAAAAACAUGCCAACCAACAUUCCAGUUCCCUAGAGCAGAGAAACUAUUUUUCUCUGGAUGUUCAACUACACAAAGCUACAAGUUAACUUUCUGUGGGGUAUGUAUGGACAAGAGGUGCUGCGUACCUAAUAAGUCCAAAAUGAUCACUCUCCAGUUCGAGUGCCCCAAUGAAGGCUUCUUCAAGUGGAAGAUGAUGUGGAUAACAUCUUGUGUAUGCCAGAGGAUUUGCAGUGAUCCAGGAGAUAUAUUUUCUGAACUCAAAAUUUUAUGAAUUAACACCACUGACUGUAACGUGCUGCAAGGGUGACAAGCA